AUGGGGCCUGGCGGAGAUCCUCUCGAUUGGACGGUCGAUGAGGUGGUGCAAUUCCUGUGUCGGAAUCCGCAGACUCCAUGGUCUCGGUCAUCAUCGCGUGCUCCACGACCGGACCCUGUCACAUUUGAAGCUACGCUUCGGGAGAAUGAAAUUACCGGCGAGGUGCUGCUGCAUGAUGUAGACAAGGAGACUUUACGGGAAGACCUUGGCGUGAGAGCUCUUGGCCAUCGUAGCUCUAUACUUAUGGCAAUCCGUUAUCUCCAGCGAAAGAGUCUCAAGUUCCAGGAAUCCAGAAAUUUAGGCAGUUUGUCUGAAGAUCACGUCGACUAUGCGAGCCCGGUUGUCUCUCGAAUAGACAAUUCAGUGUACCGCUUGCCCCCGUCCCAGAAUGUGACACCACAACGAGCGCCUCACCAAAUUCCUCGUCUGCAGACUCCUUCAUCCAAACUCCCGCCGCAGGAGCCUUCCGGAGAUCGCCCCAAAGCUGAUUUUGAACGUAGAGCUGAUUCUGUGGAGCAUCGCAAUCCAACCGAGCCUGCAAGCCGUCCUGCUACUGUUCAGCGAACUGAGGAAAACACGCCAUCAACUGCAGAACAACCACCUGAAAGACGCAUUCGGCCUGGAGAGGAUUUGAUUGUCGAUGCUCAUGGCAAGAAACGAAGAAAGCUCAAUCUUAGUGCCUUGGCUCAGGAUGAGUCUGACCAUAAUGUCCCAAAACAGACAAGCAGACAUAAAAGCCCCAAUGAGUGGUACAUGGGUCCGGAAGAGCUGAAUGUAUCCAGGCUAUUCUAUGCUUCUGACUCAGACUAUGACCCAGAAGAGAGUGACCGGACCUUCUCAAUAAUCGGCUCCAAAAUUCCAGCUGGCCAGCGCAGAUUCGUGAACCGGAGACUUCUCUAUUUCCUGAAGCAGCGGCCUGUCAAGUUAAGCUCCACGCAGUCAGCUUUGGUUCCCUAUCGAGACUUAACCAAGCAGAAGAGUAAACCGUGGAAAAAGGAAGUAGUCAUAGGCUCCAGCAGCCCAAGGGCGUGCACCUUGUAUACUGUGGAUAAUGGCAGAGUCACAGUCUCCAAAGACGAACUACAGAAGUGGCCGCAAUUGGUUCAGUCGGAGAAGGCUGAUAGCGGAGGCGCAAAGGACCAUGACCCCUUUGUCUACUUGUUACGAAAAUACCCCGCACAGGACGAUGAUGAUGAUGGCCUUGAUACCCUUCCGCUAUAUGGAGACUCAGGAUCAGAGGGAGAGUACGAUGACGACACAUGGCAGGAGAUUGAGGAUGAACGCCAGGAACCAUUGCCGCGGCAAACAAUCCUUACAUCUGCUGAAAUCAAAGCUAUCAUUGCAAGUUGCAUUUCAGAAUAUGAGAACAAGUGGCUGCAAGAUGAAAAGAAAAAAGAAGAGCCAAAGGCACGGAAAAUUUGGUUAUCUUCCAGGAGAGGUAAAACCACUAAUGAACAAAUCAAGACAUUCACACGCGAUAUCAACCUUCUGGAACGACGUCUGGGUGUAUUCACGAAAGCGAUAGAGGAAGGUGAAUAUGCAUCCCGAAAAGAGCUACAAGUACAGUGCCGAAGCCUGGAGAACACCGUCAUCAACAUCCAGAAGCAGAAGUGGCUUAUAACCGUUCUUGAACUCGAGAAGUGUCCUCCAAAAAUGGCUUUCCCUGCGAGGCCUUUGCCUCCUAAACGGCAAAGCAUUGGCGAGGAUGAAGAGUCACUCGGCUCGGAAACUGAUAAUGGCACUUUUGAUGACGACUCACUUGAGGACUUCAUUGAGGAUGACGACUCUGUCGUCGAUCUCGUCGAAGAUGACGAUUUCCGCCAAAGCCUUACCCCUUCGUCGGACGACGAUGAUAUCAUUAGUCCUUCUGGACGAAGGCGAAAACUCAGGGCUAGGGCACAUCCUUUCGUCGUGUCCAGUUCUCCCUCUCCUCCGCCAAUUCCUGAAGGGCCAAUAGAAACUAUUGAUCUAACCGGCGAUGAUCCAUUGUCUGAAGAGGAUGAUUUUACCGUCGAGACGCCCCCACUGAACCCAGCGCGACAGACGCCGCAAUCUGAACGUGUCGUGUCAAGAGACAUAUCUCCUGCACCAAAGCUUCCUCCUAAAGUGUAUUCUGCAAAUUCUGCGAGGCCUCAAAUAGAUAUAGUAGUGGACCUACCCGAAAUCAACGAUUUUGACAAACUGAAAGGUAUUGCUUGGAGGCUCCUGGAAGAGCGUCAUGACCGUUGCAGACUCCUGGCAAAGUUGAUAGCAUCACUGGCAGAUGAAGAACGACAGAGAUUGACUAGGAUGGUUCCGACAUAUGACGUAGAACGCCUGCAACACCUCACAGACAAUGCUUUGAACAGACUGUCUAGAGGCAAGGACACAUUGCCUCAUUCGAAACCUGAUGAGGCUAGUUUUGUCUUGCGCACGGCAUCACUCUUUAUUUCAUGGAUAAACUGCGCUCAUUAUCUCGUGAAGGGCUUCCCAAAAGCCCAUGUUUGGGAGGCAAAAGCGCGUGUCGCGGAUUUUCCCGGGUUUUGCAAGGAACUCUCCUGCCGCUUGGAUGCGUAUCAAACCUGGGAUUUAAACCGGCAACAGACCGCCAUGGCUGCUUUUGACUCACCCCACAAGAAAAGGAAACGUGAAGUGAAGGAGAGCCAAGCCGCAAAAAUGAAUCAAGAAAACGCCAAACUUCGUGUUGCUAUCCAAGAGAGGUUGAGGCAGAAGCUUGAACGCAAAUUGGAAAGCAUGGGUGUCAGUAAUACUGAUGCCACUCGCCAGGCUGUCAGCUUUGGCGAUCCUGUCAUCUACUUGGACCCUCAUAUCGGACAGCGUGUCAAACCUCAUCAACUGCAUGGCAUCCAAUUUAUGUGGCGAGAGCUGACUGAGGAUGGUGGAAAACAUCAGGGCUGUCUGCUAGCUCAUACGAUGGGCUUGGGUAAAACGAUGCAGGUCAUCUCCCUCCUUGUGACUAUAGCUAAUGCAGCUGCUUCUGAGAAUCCUUGGAUCAGGAAGCAAAUUCCAGAUGACCUUCUUCGAUCUCAGACCCUUAUUCUGUGUCCGUCGUCGCUGAUCGAAAACUGGUACGAAGAGUUCAUCAUGUGGACCCCUAAGGAUUCGGCCAUCGGGCCUGUGAACAAAAUCACCAGCUCGGCUUCUUUGUCGGAAAGACUGGAUACUGUGGGCUCUUGGAAUGAAGAAGGCGGAGUACUUCUUAUCAGCUAUGACAUAUUUCGGACAUGGAUUCAUAAUAAAGAAACAAGCAAGAGAGGCCAACCCCUUACGGAAGAGCAGCACGAGAACAUCAAGAAGUGGCUUCUGGAAGGAGCCAACAUCAUUGUUGCUGAUGAAGCUCAUAAAAUGAAGAAUCCCAUUUCUGGCAUUACUCUUGCGGCCAUGCAGUUCCGCUCUCAGAGUCGCAUUGCAUUGACGGGCUCUCCUCUUGCCAAUAACCUUGUGGAUUACUUUACUAUGGUCAACUGGAUUGCAAAAGGCUAUCUGGGCGAAUUUACAGAGUUCAAGGCUAACUUUGUAGAGCCAAUCGAGGAGGGGCUGUACGUGGACAGCACACAUAGCGAGCGGCGGCGGUCUCUUGUGAAGCUUCAGGUCCUGAACAAGAUCCUUGAACCAAAGAUCAACCGAGCUGAUAUCUCUGUCCUCGAGGGCAGCAUGCCUCCCAAGGUCGAAUUCGUCAUUACUGUUCCGUUAACGGCUGUACAAAAGUCCGCAUACGAUCUAUACGUGCAGUCAGUUCUAGAGGGCAGUGAAGACGUUAGCAGGAUGAAGCUACUGUCUUGGCUAGCUGUUCUGGGUCUCUGCUGCAAUCACCCAACUUGCUUCAGAGAUAAGCUACUCAGCAGAGCCAGCGAGGCUCAGAAGCUCGAUAAAUUACUAGACGGCGCCGCGAUUGAACCAGCCCCGGGUGACGAGCCUAUCACGCAGCUGGGUCUGGACGUUGAAACUCUCGUGUCCAAACAAGAGCAGCUCUUCUCCACUGUUACUGACAUGGGCGCCGCAACACUAUCCUGUCGAGCCGAAAUUCUGAACAGGAUCAUCGCAGAGUCCGUCCGGGCUGGAGAUAAGGUGCUUGUGUUUUCCCACAGCAUACCUACACUCAACUACGUCGAGAACGAUAUCCUCAAGGCGUCUAAUUGGAAGUAUUGCCGUCUAGACGGAAGCACCCCAAUUGCCAACAGACAACAUGCCACCAAGCUAUUCAAUCAAGGGUCUGCAGAGGACGUGUACCUGAUCUCCACCCGUGCUGGCGGCCUCGGCCUAAACAUCUUCGGUGCUAACCGUGUCAUCAUCUUCGACUUCACAUUCAAUCCCGUCUGGGAGGAACAAGCCGUCGGACGUGCCUACCGCUUAGGCCAGAAGAAGCCCGUCUUCGUCUACCGAUUCAUCGCAGGCGGCACUUUCGAAGAAGUCAUGUACAACAAAGCCGUCUUCAAAACCCAACUUGCCUUCCGUGUCGUCGACAAGAAAAACCCAAUCCGCUUAGCCACCAGGUCCCUCGGAGAGUACCUCUUCCCAGCAAAGCAAACACCCCAGCAAGACGUGACAGAAUGCCUCGGAAAAGACCCGGAAGUCCUCGACAGAAUCAUCCGCGCGGACGCUCAUUCCGAUGAAAGCCAAAGACUAAUCCGCAAGAUCAAACUUACGGAGCUGUUCCAGAAAGAUGACAACGACAAGUUGACCGAGGACGAGAAAAACGCUGCCCAGCAGCAACUCGAUGACGAGCGGCUAAAGCGUACCAACUACGAAGCUUAUCAAAAGAUGAUCGUCGAAAGACAAAGAAUGGUCUUAGCACAGGGAUCCGCGCCUUAUGGCAUAAAUCCACAAAUGCAUGUCAGCCCACUACCGUCUCAACGACCUCCACAGCCCUUUACCCCUCAGCCAUCGGCACCUGCACCACAGCCCACCAUCCCAGCAAGUGCACACAACGUUGGCCCUCCGGCUCUGGCUCCAGACACGAGCAUCACACAACAAGCUCCACAGACACCUAUUGCGAUCCCCGGCCUAACGAUGACCAGUCCUGACCUAUCUCAUGCUCGAAGCACUCCUGCAACGCCUGGAAACAGCACACACUCCAACACCUCUGAUCCCGCCCAAAACACCUCUGCUACCGCUACAUCAGCACAACCUACUUACGGCGGCAGCGGCGACAGUACUACUGAAAACUCAAGCGCAAUAAGAGAUCACUCAGAGCCACCGCAAGAUUUGCAGGACCAGAAUAAGCCGAGCUGCAGGCCUCAGUGA